CAUAGAGGAGCAGCCAUGGCCUCUUGGCAGCAUCAAGGGAGCCUCCCGGAUCUCAAUACCUGCCUUCCCAGAACCCUGUUCCUCCUGGCCCUCUUGGGCGGGGUGUCGGGCCUCAGGGAAUGCUUGAUACUGCAGUCGGUUAAGGGAAGCACGGUCUCCUGCCACGGUCCCACUGAGUUCCCGAGCUCCCUCCCGGCCGACACUGUCCAUCUGUCGGUGGAAUUCUCCAGCCUGACUCAGCUGCCCGCCGCCGCCCUGCAAGGGUGUCCCGGUCUGCAGGAACUGCACCUCUCCAGCAACCGCCUGCAGGAACUGUCCCCCGGGCUGCUGGCGCCCGUGCCCCGGCUGCGCGUCCUGGAUCUGACUCGCAAUGCUCUCCGCAGCCUGCCCCCCGGUUUGUUCCGCAGCUCGGCCGCCCUGAACACCCUGGUCCUGAGGGAGAACCAGCUGCAGGAGGCGAGCGCGCGCUGGCUGCAGGGCCUGGACGCCCUGGGCUACUUGGACCUGGCGGAGAACCGGCUGCGCUCGCUGCCCGCUAGGCUCCUUGCCAACCUAGGCGCCCUGCACACCCUCGACCUUGGGCACAACCUGCUUGAGUCGCUGCCCGAGGGAUUCCUGAGGGGCCCCAGGCGGCUACAGCGCCUGCACCUGGAAGGGAACCGGCUGCAAAGGCUGGAGGCUGGCUUACUUGCGCCCCAGCCGUUCCUGGGCGUCCUGUUCCUGAAUGACAACCAGCUAACCGCAGUGGCGGCCGACUCCUUUCGGGGCCUAAAGCAGCUGGAUAUGUUGGAUCUGUCCAAUAACUCUCUGUCCAGCACUCCCCCGGGUCUGUGGGCGUUCCUGGGGAGACCGACCCGCGAUAUGCAGGAUGGUUUCGAUGUCUCCCACAACCCCUGGGUCUGUGACAAGGACCUCGUGGACCUGUGCCGCUGGCUGGCCGCCAACCGACAUAAGAUGUUCUCGCAGAACGACACACUCUGUGCGGGGCCCGAGGCCGUGAGGGGACAGCGACUGCUGGACGUGGCAGAGCUGGGGACCUUGUGAGGAUGGCAACUGGGGUGCGAGCCAAGGGUACCCCGCUUGCCACUGAAGCAAUUUGGUCCCAUGUCAGAAUGCAGAUUCCCAGCAUCUGCCAUUCCCCAUUCCCUCAGCCAGGAAUGCUAUUCCCUGACUCUCCCUCAGGCUCCUCUCCAUUUGCCCCAACUCUUCCACCUCUCACUGUUCCUGUGCUGGCCCCCAGGCUACCAUGUGUUUAUCUAGCUUUGCCUCAUAUGUUUCAGGGUCACCAAAGCAGUUAAUAAAACAGCUCCCGGCUGGCUGAGCCGCUCA